UGGAAAAUGUCGUCAUACAUGUCACAUAUUCUAUAACAAAUAGGAAAGCAUGUCCAUGAUACGAAACGGUGGCUUGGUAACAUUUACUUCCGGUGAACAUUGAUAUGUAAACAACAACGAAAGCAUGCGGUAAUUAAUUACUGUUGCACAAUUUUGACACUGUCAAAGUAAUCACGGCUAAUGCAUCAUUUACCACAAGACACUGACUCCUUUCAAAAACUAUGGAAGAUAAUGAAUCGGACACGCACUGAUAGCGCGACCGUGUAGGCGACGCGAGUGUCCAGUGAGUAGCGCUAUCAGCGGGGCAGUCAGUCACGAGUUAGAAAACUUGCAUCUGGCAGACUGACAGAAAGUGGGAUGUUGUGAGACUGACGUGUAGUGUGAUGGCCCGGGAUGAAGAGACUGUCUGGUGAAUACAGGAACCUGUUGCAGGUGCAUCUGUCAUGUGCAUCUGUUGUGUGCAUUGUGGCGCAUCAGUAUCACAAUGAGUAGACGUUGUUCUAUAGCUGUUACACUACUCUGUUUGGAUUCUUUAUGACAGCAUUUUUAGAAUAAGAAAAAUCUACAAGCAACCAUGGCUGAAUCAGAUCCCACUAUUUUGCCUCUUGAUGCUGCCUUGUCUAUUUCCCCACCCACAAGCACACAACCUGCUGCCACGCCUACCAACACACAUCUUGCUGCCACGCCCACCAACACAUCUUCAGUGUGUCAGCUGUGCAGAUGUAUUCAAAAUGAAGACUUUACUCAAGCCAGGCUGAUGGUUCGAGAAAGGAGUCAAGAGAUAUUCGAUCCGGACAAACGAGCUGUUUACAAUAUCAUUCACUACUACCAAACCUACCUCAAUUCUAGGUCAGAUGGCUUAGAUAUCCCGAAAUCUGAUUUGUGGAAAAUCCCCAGCAUCAGCCAAUCAGAAACCAGGUUGCAAUUACUGGACAUAUUGAGACUAUUGUUACAGGCUGACCUUGACCCCAACGUCAAGACGGGAUCCGAGACACCUCUAAUGGCGGCAGUGCGGACUCAUGAUGAGAGUCUGAUACUGAUUCUGCUGCAGCAUGGCGCUGAUCCAAACCUGUGUGACGGACGUGAGGAAAUGAACGCCUUUGCCUUGUCAAUCAUUCUGAAUGAUGUGUCGACGGUGGAGCAGCUGUUGCAUUAUGGGUCAAACGUCAAUGCUGUCUGCUGUGGGACCGUGACGCCACUGCAGCUGUCGAUGAACAAGAGCGUGCACAUCUCCAAACUCCUGCUUCAGAGUGGUGCAGAUAUUCAGCAGGUGCUGACGAUGCCGUCCGCCCACGAGGUGCAGAUAAUGGUACCACCACUCAUCCAGGCCGUUGGGCGUGGGAACAUCUACCUUGUGUCAGUGCUUCUUGAACAUGGGGAGGACGUAAACCAGACGUACGGCGACCACUCGGAAACUCCGCUGCACCUCGCUGUGAAGAACGGUGACUAUCACAUGGUAGAGAUGCUUAUUCAGUACGGAGCCUCUCUCAAUAAACUCAGUGGGCGGGGUCACACUGCUCUAGGCUUGAUGCUGACAUCAGGCAGCGCAGGGGACAACAGGAUAGCUCGGCUGUUGUUGAAAUGUGGCUGUAGUCGGAGGAGAGAGACCAUCAUCUCCAUGUUCCAGAGAUCCUACCCACCGAUAUUUGUGGCGUGUUUUAUGGGGAACAAGGAAAUUGUUGAUUUGUUGAUUGAAGAAGAUGAGUCACAGUGUGAUGCCUCUAGAGCAGUGUGUGGAGUUCAGAACAUGACAGUGUUAGGAGCUUCUGUUCAGGAAUAUGGGUGUGACAACGAAGAAACUGAAGUUGAGAAAGUUUUUGCUGAAAAACAUUUACAAACAAAAUCAAAACUGAAAAGAAAACCAAAGUCUUCUGGCGAACCUGAAACUAUGUUGAACUGCACCGCGGCUGAUGGUUGUUCCCCGGUCAUUAUGGCAGCCCUGGGGGGUCAUUACACCCUCGUGAAGCAUCUGCUUCAUCUCGGGGCAGAUCCACACAUCAUCUGCUGCCAUGGCAACCUGACCCACGCAGCCGUGCUGAGUUCGAGUGCAGAGAGUCUGGACUUGCUGGAGCUGGCGACGAGUCUGGGCUGCAACUUGAACCUGGUGAACGAGUACGGGAACACCCCUCUCCAUCUCUCGGCUCGCAUCAACGUCCCAGACGUCUGCCGCUACUUGGUGGAGCAGGGGGCGCUCCUCAAUGUGCGGGACCGGUUCGGGGAGACGGCGCUGUCCGCCAGCGUGUACUUCGGCUGCGAGGACAACUCUCGCAUCCUCAUCCAGCAGGGUGCAGACAUGAACAUCGCCGACUCCAGUGGCACAACAGCCAUGUACUGGUCCAUCUUCAACUGUCGUGAACCGACGCUGCGCCUGCUGCUGUCUGCCGGAGCGUCCUUCACCCCGGAACAGUUCACCAAGUACCCCCGGAACCUGAAGGUUAUGCGUAACGAGCAGCUGGUGACCUUCAUCCAGGAGUCUGUGUGUCAGCCAAGGUCACUUGCCGCCCUGGCUGUGUUCCAGGUCCGCCAGGUCAUCUCAAGGGUCAUGGGAGGUCGCAGUGUCAAGGACAGUGUCUUACAACUUCCUGUGCCUGACAAGGUCAAAGACAGUGUUCUGCUUCUUAACGAUAUAUGACCCCGUGAUUUAUGACCCGGUGAUAUAUAACCCAGGGAUAUAUGACCCGGUGAUAUAUGACCCAGUGAUAUAUAACCCGUUGAUAUAUGACCCAGUGAUAUAUGACCCAUUGAUAUAUGACCCGCUUGAUAUAUAACCCCAUGAUAUAUGACCCAGCGAUAUAUGACCUGGUGAUAUAUGACCCGGUGCUAUAUGACCCCAUGAUAUAUGACCCAGGGAUAUAUGACCGAGUGAUAUAUGACCCAGUGCUGUAUGACCCAGGGAUAUAUGACCAAGUGCUAUAAGACCCAGUGCUAUAUAACCCAAUGCUAUAAGACCCAGUGCUAUAUGACCCAGGGAUAUAUGACCAAGUGCUAUAUGACCCAGGGAUAUAUGACCCAGGGAUAUAUGACCAAGUGCUAUAAGACCCAGGGAUAUAUGCCCCAAUGCUAUAAGACCCAGUGCUAUAUGACCCAGGGAUAUAUGACCAAGUGCUAUAUGACCCAGGGAUAUAAGACCCAGGGAUAUAUGACCCAGUGCUAUAUGACCCAGGGAUAUAAGACCCAGGGAUAUAUGACCCAGGUCUAUUUGCUUGGUUUCUAAGAAGACUCGUGAUUUUUGUCAUCUGGAAACUUUUUUAAUUACAUCUAGAAGCAUAUAUUUUAAUCAGUAUUAAUAUAUUGUUUGCAAAUCUUUAUUUGUUCAAUCAUAUUUUAAUCUGUUCAUGGGCACCUGUGUCAUCACUGAUUUUCAGUGAUCCAAUCAAAUAAUUUUCGUCACGACUUUGCCUUUUAUGCCAGUAGAGUCUGUUUAAGAUGGUCAAGACUGUUAUUCUCAGGUGCUGCCUGUUUAGUGUGUGGAAGCACCCAGGAACUAUGUAAUGGGAGUGUGUUGAAGCACCCAGGAACUGUGUGGUGGUAGUGUGUGGAAGCACCCAGGAACUGUGUUGUGGGAGUCUGUUGAAGCACCCAGGAACUGUGUAGUGGGAGUGUGUGGAAGCACCCAGGAACUGUGUAGUGGGAGUCUGUGGAAGCACCCAGGAACUGUGUAGUGGGAGUGUAUGGAAGCACCCAGGAACUGUGUAUUGGGAGUCGGUGAAAGCACCCAGGAACUGUGUAGUGGGAGUCUGUGGAAGCACCCAUGAACUGUGUAUUGGGAGUGUGUGGAAGCACCCAUGAACUGUGUAGUGGGAGUGUGUUGAAGCACCCAGUAACUGUGUAGUGGGAGUGUGUGGAAGCACCCAGGAACUGUGUAGUGGAAGUGUGUUAAAGCACCCAGGAGCUAUGUUGUGGGAGUGUGUGAAAGCACCCAGGAACUGUGUAGUGGGAGUGUGUUGAAGCACCCAGGAACUGUGAGUGGGAGUCUGUUGAAGCACCCAGGAACUGUGUAGUGGGAGUCUGUUGAAGCACCCAGGAACUGUGUAGUGGGAGUGUGUGGAAGCACCCAGGAACUGUGUAGUGGGAAUGUGUUGAAGCACCCAGUAACUGUGUAGUGGGAGUCUGUUGAAGCACCCAGGAACUGUGUAGUGGGAGUCUGUUGAAGCACCCAGGAACUGUGUAGUGGGAGUCUGUGGAAGCACCCAGGAACUAUGUAAUGGGAGUGUGUUGAAGCACCCAGGAACUGUGUGGUGGUAGUGUGUGGAAGCACCCAGGAACUGUGUUGUGGGAGUCUGUUAAAGCACCCAGGAACUGUGUAGUGGGAGUGUGUGGAAGCACCCAGGAACUGUGUAGUGGGAGUGUGUGGAAGCACCCAGGAACUGUGUAGUGGGAGUGUGUGGAAGCACCCAGGAACUGUGUAGUGGGAGUGUGUUGAAGCACCCAGGAACUGUGUAGUGGGAGUCUGUGGAAGCACCUAGGAACUGUGUAGUGGGAGUGUGUGGAAGCACCCAGGAACUGUGUAGUGGGAGUGUGUGGAAGCACCCAGGAACUGUGUUGUGGGAGUGUAUGGAAGGACCCAGGAACUGUGUUGUGGGAGUGUGUGGAAGCACCCAGGAACUGUGUAGUGGGAGUGUAUGGAAGGACCAAGGAACUGUGUAGUGGGAGUCUUUUGAUAUGUACCAGGGAUUCACACCGGUUUCCGAGAUGUUGAUAAUAAAUCCACACCCAAUAAGUUCCCAAAGGCAUUAUAAUUAUAAUUAAUGUUUUAUCUUUGAAA